AGCAUGGCCCGGGCGCACCCCAAAUCGAUGGCGGCUUCGCUUCUGCUCCUCCUGCUGCUCUGCUCGGCCACCUCCGCCGCCCCCACCCCGCUCCCCACCCCCCCCGGCCCCCCUCACCCAACUCCGCGCCGCCGCCGCCGGCUACCUGGGUCAAGCGGGUUCGGCGGCCGGUGACCUCCUGGAACGUCUCCGCCUUCCUUCGGCCCAAGAGAAGAUCCGGAACGCCUACAAGACGGGGGCGGUGGCGGUCGUGACCUACACCGGCAUCCUCACCGACCAGCUCUACCACUGGUGGCAAGGGGAGGAGUGAACAGCCCCCACCCCCCCCAAGAUGGUGGUUAUGGGGUGGGGGGGGGUCUUGAGAAAUUGGGGGACCCCCCCCCCAGUUGUGUGUCACCCCCCCAAUAAAGGCUGGUGGUCUUGGGUCUUCAAGAACGUCAA